CUGCACUCAACUUGAGCGCAGUUUUUGGCUUAGAGCUCGCUGGGGAAGUGCAGGUUAAUUACUGCCCAGCCCCCAUCCCCUGCCCUCCCCCCAAUCCCGAGUGAGGGGCUGCUUCAUCCCUCAGGGAAAGGGACAAGACGGAUGCAGGUCCCCAGUGACACCUCUGGGGUGUGGCUUCAGGCCCCUGCACCCGCCCUGGCCGAGAUUCCAUUGGCCCAGACCUGGCACUGUUGGGCAGCUGGGGAUGAGGUUGGAGGCUGGUCUCUGGUUUCCUUCUGGGUGGACAGAUGCGGAUGCGCUCGGUUAGAACGUAGUUCUUGGUGCCACGACUGGGAGACAGUCCUCAGGCCCUCCCCUCAGGGAGCGCACUGUCCGGGGAGGGACAGCCAGCAAUAGUUCCUGGCCGGCCAGGAGAGGCAGAGGCAGAGGAAGGGGAAGGGUCAGCUGCCUUGAGGUCCCUGCCUGCUAACCUGACGGUAUGCUUUCACCAUGCCGGUGACCCCAGCCCCAGGACCAUGAGCAACUCGCCUGGCUCCCUUCUUUCCGUCUGCCUCCUGGCCGCGGGGCCCGGAGAGCUGGGAGCCAGAGGGUGUAAAUGAAGGGCAGGGCUGUUUGGGUGACUCCACGCUCUGCUUCUCCCGGAGGGAAGCCAAUGGUGCUUACCAUUUACAAGGCCUGUUACAGCUGCAGGGUUAUUUUGUCCUCAACUCAGCUCUGGGAGGCGGAGCCAAAUGGGGACCCAGGUAUCUCGGUUCCGGGUGCCCUGGAAGGAGUUCAGGGGAUAGGGCAGGGGACACCCUAGGUGGGCACUGAAUCUAGGGAGAGCCAACUGGGCUUUUACGGGCUAAUGGCCCUGGUGACUCAGUCAGAGGUAGGCAGGGAGUGGGCCAGGGUAGGCAGGAGCCCUUCCAGGGUCCCACGUGCGCUGUCACAGCCCUCCUCAGCCUGUUUCUGGAAAGCUGAGAAGUAGGCGGAAGGGGACUCCCACCCCUCAAGUCUGGCUGCCCUUUGAGGGUCUAGCUCUUGGCCCUGAGCCCUCCUGGGGCUCUGUUUAUGGCUGUAAUUGCAUCAUUAGCUAGAGUUGAUAGAGUUACUUAGCACCUGCCCCCACAGGGAGUGGCCCAGCCACCCCCUGGGUUCUGUCUCUUCCUUUUCAAAGUCAACUCGGUUUCUGCAGGCAACAGGGGUUUCCCCAACCACAGCUGUCAUGAAAACCAGGUUGGGCCUUUGUUCUGGGGAUGGAAGGCAGUCAGCACUUGGGGCCCGGCUUGGGGCUGCCCUGGAGAUGACCAUGGAAAUUGGGUUGGCCUCCUCUGAUCGGAGGGCGGGAGUUCAGGGUUCCCAGAGCUGCCAGAAAUGUUCACAUCCCAGGAUGCAGUGAACAUAUAUGCAUGUACGGUGUGGAUCCUCAUCUGAGAGGAGGGAGAUGAAAACACACUCACCUCACAGGCUGUUGUGAGGACUAAGGGUACGGCAGUGCCUGGUACAUGGGAGCCAACGCCGGCAGCCACCAUGGCGUCACGCAUAGGGCUGCGCAUGCAGCUCAUGCGGGAGCAGGCGCAGCAGGAGGAGCAGCGGGAGCGCAUGCAGCAACAGGCUGUCAUGCAUUACAUGCAGCAGCAGCAGCAGCAACAGCAGCAGCUCGGGGGGCCGCCCACCCCGGCCAUCAACACCCCCGUCCACUUCCAGUCGCCACCACCUGUGCCUGGGGAGGUGUUGAAGGUGCAGUCCUACCUGGAGAAUCCCACCUCCUACCAUCUGCAGCAGUCGCAGCAUCAGAAGGUGCGGGAGUACCUGUCCGAGACCUAUGGGAACAAGUUUGCUGCCCACAUCAGCCCGGCCCAGGGCUCUCCAAAGCCCCCACCAGCCGCCUCCCCAGGGGUGCGAGCUGGACACGUGCUGUCCUCCUCCGCUGGCAACAGUGCUCCCAAUAGCCCCAUGGCCAUGCUGCACAUUGGCUCCAACCCUGAGAGGGAGUUUGAUGAUGUCAUUGACAACAUUAUGCGUCUAGACGAUGUCCUUGGCUACAUCAAUCCUGAAAUGCAGAUGCCCAACACGCUACCCCUGUCCAGCAGCCACCUGAAUGUGUACAGCAGCGACCCCCAGGUCACAGCCUCCCUAGUGGGCGUCACCAGCAGCUCCUGCCCUGCGGACCUGACCCAGAAGCGAGAGCUCACAGAUGCUGAGAGCAGGGCCCUGGCCAAGGAGCGGCAGAAGAAAGACAAUCACAACUUAAUUGAAAGGAGACGAAGGUUCAACAUCAACGACCGCAUCAAGGAGUUGGGAAUGCUGAUCCCCAAGGCCAAUGACCUGGACGUGCGCUGGAACAAGGGCACCAUCCUCAAGGCCUCUGUGGAUUACAUCCGGAGGAUGCAGAAAGACCUGCAAAAGUCCAGGGAGCUGGAGAACCACUCUCGCCGCCUGGAGAUGACCAACAAGCAGCUCUGGCUCCGUAUCCAGGAGCUGGAGAUGCAGGCUCGAGUGCACGGCCUCCCUACCACCUCCCCGUCCGGCAUGAACAUGGCCGAGCUGGCCCAGCAGGUGGUGAAGCAGGAGCUGCCUAGUGAAGAGGGCCCAGGGGAGGCCCUGAUGCUGGGGGCUGAGGUCCCUGACCCUGAGCCACUGCCAGCUCUGCCCCCGCAAGCCCCGCUGCCCCUGCCCACCCAGCCACCGUCCCCAUUCCAUCACCUGGACUUCAGCCACAGCCUGAGCUUUGGGGGCAGGGAGGACGAGGGUCCCCCGGGCUACCCUGAACCCCUGGCGCCGGAGCAUGGCUCCCCAUUCCCCAGCCUGUCCAAGAAGGAUCUGGACCUCAUGCUCCUGGACGACUCACUGCUACCGCUGGCCUCUGAUCCACUUCUGUCCACCAUGUCCCCCGAGGCCUCCAAGGCCAGCAGCCGCCGGAGCAGCUUCAGCAUGGAGGAGGGCGAUGUGCUGUGACCCUGGUUGCCCCUGUGCCAGGGAACAGGGGCCGGCCUGGGGGCUGGGAGGGCCGGAGGCACCUCCCUCCCACCCUUCAGGCUGCACUGUGUGUGAAGUAGCCACCUGCCCUGCCUGCCUCCUCCCCGCUGGCCCCUGUUUGGACUUAGUGCCUGUCUGGCAGCCUGUGGGGUCAGGAGAAGCACCCCCCGGGCAGCCCUCUUGACCGGCCCAGUGGGAAGAGGCCUUCAGCCCCUCUCUCGGAGAUGGAAUCGCGGGGCAGGGAGGGGCAGGGUGUUCUAGAGGUGAGAAGAGGGCCUGGUGGAGAUGCCCUGUCUUCUGAGCCCGAGCCCCUCAUUACCAGUGAAGGACAUGCUUGAGGGGUUCGGGAAGCUCCUCAUCUGAGGCAACUGGUCCUGGGGGUGCUCAGGCCUGCCUUUUUGGGACUCAGAUGGCAGGAGGUCCACCCCGCAGCCUGGUCCUCGGCUCUCCCACAGGUGGGCACCCCCCACUUUGGUGCUAACAGCUCUCCACCAGGUGGUGUGAGCGCGGGGGCUGCCAGAAGCGGGAGGGGUCACUGCCGGAAGAGCAGCUGCCCUCCGACCCCCCACUUUGUGCCUUUAGUAAACACUGUGCUUUGUA